AUGUUCAACGGCCGAGUAGUCUCUGCGGCUCGCACCAAUGUCGGGCGGUGCACCGCAAAGGCCAACAAGCGGCAAGAUGUUUCUUCGACGAUUAAAAGAAGAAACCUCGCGAGUGUCGCGCCGGUAAACUCGGCCUCACGAAGUCACAAGGUCGUGGUCAUUGGAGGUGGAUCGGGCGGUGUUGCAGUCAGUCACCAGCUCUUGCGCACGGGCAAAUUUGCUCCUCACGACAUCGCCGUCGUCGAACCCGCAGCCUGGCAUCACUUCCAACCCGGGUGGACACUCGUCGGCGGUGGUCUAAAGGACAAGCGGGAUCUGCGCAGCCCGAUGAAGGAGCUGUUCGAUCCCAAACUAAAUUUCUACAAUGAGAGUGUGAAGGGGUUUUCGCCCGGGGAAAACUUCAUCACCCUCGCCAACGGCGACAAGCUCAGCUACGAACAGCUGGUCGUUGCGCCGGGAAUCAAGAUCGACUACGCUAGCAUCAAGGGCCUGCCGGAGGCUCUGGAAGACCGAUCGUCUUCGGUGUCGACGAUCUAUGGCUACGAGACGUGCGACAAGGUAUUUGACACCAUCCAGCGCCUCAAGAAAGGCAAUGCCAUCUUCACCCAGCCGGCGGGCGUGAUAAAGUGCGCCGGAGCGCCGCAGAAGAUCCUGUGGCUUGCGGUCGACUUCUGGAAGAGAGCGGGACUGUACGAUCCCGCCAACGCGGCGAACUCACCUAUCCAAGCCACGUUUGCCACCGGCCUGCCCGUCAUGUUUGGCGUGCCAAAGUACAAUGCCAAGCUCGACGAGAUGCGCAAGGAGCUUUCGGUGGAGGGACUAUUCAAGCACGAUCUAAAAUCCAUUGACGGCGACAAGGCCACUUUUGCACACGUCGAGACGGGCGAGCAGGUCUCGAGGAAAUUCGACCUCUUGCACGCCGUGCCGAAGAUGGGACCGCAUGACUUUGUGAAGAACAGCGGGCUGACCAACGAGGCUGGCUACGUCGACGUCGACGACGCCACGCUGCAGCAGAAGAAAUACCCCAACGUCUGGUCGUGCGGUGAUGCUUCCAGCCUGCCCACGUCCAAGACGCUCGCGGCCAUCACGUCGCAGGUCCCCGUGCUGGUGAAGAACCUGGUCGGAGCAAUGGAGGGGAGGAAGCCCGAGGAGACGUACGACGGGUACACGUCUUGUCCGCUGUUGACUGAGUACGGGAAAGUCAUGCUUGCCGAGUUCAAGUACGGAGGAGAGCCCAAGGAGACGUUUGGCAAUCUGCUGGGCAUCGACCAGGCGACCCCGAGACGUGCGUUUUACCACCUUAAGAAGGACUUCUUCCCGUGGAUAUAUUACGAGGCUCAUGUCAAGGGGACGUGGCAGGGACCCAAGGGCUGGAGACCAUAA